AAUCGUAUCGCUAGCUUGUUUACUGGUCAACGUAAUUCCCGUGUUUACAAUCGAAAUAUAUAUAAAAGAUUGUAUGUGGUGAUGAUGAUCAAAAUCAACUUAGUUCUUCUCUUGUUAGAUUCUUCUUGUAGUCGUGAUACAAAUUAAUACAAAUUCAAAAUGAAGGCUGUUAAUAUUUUUGUGUGCUGUGUAGUAGCUGCCAUGGCCGAUUUACCAGCCAGCGAAAGAACCUUCCUAAAACAAGUGCACGACGCCUGCCAGUCGAACCCGAAGACCUUUUGCGACGAAAAUAAACUAAGGAACCUCUCCAAUAACAUCAACGAUCCCCAAGUCGGUAUCCACAUGAGCUGCAUGGCCAUCAAAGCCGGUCUCCAACACCCCAACGGACAAUUGAAUAUCCCCACCAUGAGGAUCAAGGUCGGUUUGGUCGUCGACCAAUCCAAGGUCGAAGGAGUCAUCCAGAAAUGCGCCAAAACAGCCGAAAAUCCUGGAAAGACAGCCAACUUGAUGUGGGUCUGUUUUGUGAAAAACAAUGUCGAGUAUUAUCACAAAUUGUAAGAAUAAUUUUUAGUAUUUUUACGAAUUGGUUGACUUUUUUUGUUAAAUAAAAAUAUCGAAUUGAUUUGGUUGUUUAAUUUUUUAAAUAUUAUAUGUUUUAACUGUAG